AUCCACUUUUCUUCUCCCAGUUUAGAGAGCGCGGAUCUAUUCCAUAUUAUCGUAGUCCAGUCUAGUUUUCCACCUUGGUUUUCUUUCGCAGAAUAGUUUUUGUUAUUGUGCCAGUUCAUAAAACACCUGUUAUUAGCCUUGUUGUAACAAAGUCAUAAUGCAUGCUUGAUGUAUAACGGGUGGAGCAUAUUUUUUUCUGGGCAUUGACUAUUGGCAUUAUUGUUCUCCAACUUCUGUAUUUACAGUUUAUCAUCCGGACCAGACCAACACCGCGCAGAGGGUCUGUCCCGAUGAAGACAGCUCCUCAUCAAUUCUACUCCCCACGCUUCUCUUCUUCACGAUGGCCGCCACGGACAUAGACAUCUUCGCUAAUGAAGAGAAGCGUAGCCUGGAGCUGGGCGGCCAUGUUGGGUUUGACAGUCUUCCAGACCAGUUGGUCAGUAAAUCAGUCACACAGGGAUUCUGCUUCAACAUCCUGUGUGUCGGUGAGACAGGGAUAGGGAAGUCGACGUUGAUGAACACGCUGUUCAACACACUGUUUGAGGCCGAGGAGGCCAGCCACUACCAGAACGGUGUGUACCUGCGGCCCAGGACCUACGACCUGAAGGAGAGCAACGUUCAGCUCAAACUGACCGUAGUCGACACCGUGGGGUUCGGAGACCAGAUCAACAAGGAGGAGAGCUUCAAACCCAUAGUGGACUACAUCGACACCCAGUUUGAGACCUACCUGCAGGAGGAGAUGAAGAUCAAACGUUCCCUGUUCGACUACCACGACACCAGGAUCCAUAUCUGUCUCUACUUCAUCUCCCCAACCGGACACUCUCUCAAAUCACUGGAUCUGGUCACCAUGAAGAAACUGGACAGCAAGGUAAACAUCAUCCCCAUCAUUGCCAAGGCAGACACCAUAUCUAAGAGCGAGCUGCACAAGUUCAAGAUCAAGAUCAUGUCAGAGUUGGUGAGCAACGGUGUUCAGAUCCAUCAGUUCCCCACUGAGGACGAGGCUGUCACCGAGAUCAACUCCUCCAUGAAUGCCCAUCUGCCCUUUGCUGUGGUGGGGAGUGUUGAGGAGGUUAAAGUCGGGAAUAAGAUGGUGAAAGCCAGACUGUACCCCUGGGGAACUGUACAGGUGGAGAACGAGAGCCACUGUGACUUUGUGAAGCUGAGAGAGAUGUUGCUGAGAGUGAACAUGGAAGACCUGAGAGAGCAGACUCACGCCAGACACUACGAGCUCUACAGACGCUGCAAACUGGAGGAGUUGGGCUUCACAGAUACAGACCCCGACAACAAACCCUUUAGUCUGCAGGAGACGUAUGAGGCCAAGAGGAAAGAGUUCCUGGGGGACCUGCAGCAUAAGGAGGAUGAGAUGAGACAGAUGUUUGUCAACAAGGUGAAGGAGACCGAGGCAGAGCUGAAAGAAAAGGAGAGGGAGCUCCAUGAGAGGUUUGAGCAGCUGAAGAGGAUGCACCAGGAGGAGAAGAGGAAUCUGGAGGAAAAGAGGAGCGAUCUGGAGGAAGAGAUGAACGCAUUCAACAGGAGGAAGGUGGCAGCUGAGACGCUGAUGGGUCAGUCUCUACAGGGAUCCUCACAACCAUUCAGAAAGGACAAGAAGAACUUCUUUAGUCUUCCGUCUGCGUGCUCCCUAACAGCAGGAAGGAAUUUAAAUUAGAAGACUGACUUUCUACCACGCCAAAAGGAUGGCUGUUUUAUUCUUCCCCUAUUGACAAUUAACAAUCUAUUGAGCUUACUAUUUUUUACAGUGUGAUUCGAAGCUACAUUUUUGUAAAAAUAUUUGUGCAUCCUAAAUGGCACCCUAUUCCCUAUAAUGUGCACUACUUUUGACCAGGGUGGCACCCUAUUCCCUAUAAUAUGCCCUACUUUUGACCAGGGUGGCACACUAUUCCCUAUAAUGUGCACUACUUUUGACCAGGGUGGCACCCUAUUCCCUAUAAUGUGCACUACUUUUGACCUAAGCCUCUGGUCAAAAAUAGUGCAUUACAAAAGGAAUAGAGUGCCAUUUCGGAUGCAUUCCUUGCUGUGCUGUGCUCUCCUUCCUGAACUCUUCAAGUGAUGUUCUUACCUAAUACCUAGUCUUGGAGUCUUCCAUACAGCUCAGCAUAUUAGUACACACGUUCUCUAAUAGUCAGAAAGUAUAUAGGCUAUAUAUAUAUAGGGCUAUAAAGUAGUGCAUUAUAUAGGGUGAUAUUGGGGAUGCAACUUUGGUUGAAUAAAAGCUGAUGCUCUAUAGCAUGCUUCUCUGCAUGAUAUUUUACACAUUACUGUCUUCAAUAAGCAUAAGAUAACUAGCUGAGGUGCCAGUCUGUUUCUGUUCUAGAAAGCAGUUGGUAAGAGAGCAGUAACCGACUGGCAUUCAGGCUGCAAGACAACAAUUUUCAGAUUAAAAUCCCCCAGAGUUUAUUAAGUAGUUCAUUAGGUUAAUAAAUGUGUUUUCCAUGCUGUUGUCAGGGUUUAUUUACCCUGACUGUUCUAUGUAUUGACUAGUGACUCGUCUUAUUCCACUGAAAAUCUGUAAGUCUUUUAUUAAGGACGCUGCAACCUGCAAGAGGUUGUUACGAUUGUCUAUUUAUAAGAAAUAAGAACUUUAUUUCACAAACUGUGACUCUGUGGAAUAUGAUCUAUGGAUUAGUCUACCUACUUAAAUAGUAGUGAUCUUUGUGCUCUGGCGGUUGGGAUUGUGUCAUUUGAUGGCUAUAGAUCAACCACCAAGGUGUAUUUGUCUGAAAUUAAGAACAAUAUUCCAGAAGAACAAAAUGAGCUUCUUUCAAUUGUUAUUUGAAAUUUACACUAAAACUACAAAAUAUAAAUGUUAUCCUAAAGUGUCCAAGAUUAUAGUUAAACAAUCUUUAAAAGAAGUCGUCUUAUAGAAGUGAUUGAUUAUACCCUAUCUCAUAUAGAUUUGUAUUUGCUCGCUAUUAAUAAAGCUACUUUGAAAAAUGUU